AUGAGUGACGUCAUUUGGAGGCCUGGGGAUCAGAAACCACGACCACCCCUGCUAGGAGGUGACGUGUACAGACCAGAUAUACUACAAAUCAUCGAGAAGACUAUCGACGAGCUCAGUCCGGCGCUCCGGGAACUCAGUCAAGACAUCCUUGAUCACCCCGAACUGAAGUUCGAAGAAAGACACGCCCAUGAUGUGUGCACCGCGUUUGUGGAGAAACAAGGCUUCGUGGUUCAAAGACAUUACUUGCUAGAAACGGCUUGGGUCGCGACGUAUUCACAUGGUCAAGGCGGCCCCGUCCUCGGUGCAAACUCUGAAAUGGACGCUCUCCCUGGGAUCGGACAUGCAUGUGGACACAAUCUCAUUGGCAUCGCAGGAGUGGCCAUCGCUUGCGCUGCGAAAGCCGCGAUGGAGAAACUGGGCAUUGACAGGAAAGUCAUUUUGUUGGGAACGCCUGGGGGGGAGGGAGGACAUGGCAAAGUCAAGUUAUGGGAGAAGGGGGCAUAUAAAGAAAUGGAUGUCUGUCUCAUGUGCCAUCCAGCUCCGGGUCCACCGCACUCUGUCAGCUUGAGUAGUUGCUUAGCGGUAGUCCCUUUGCAGGUUGACUUCAUUGGCCAUACUGCACACGCAGGCUUGAGCCCCUGGGAAGGUCAAAACGCGCUGGAUGCUGCUGUCCUUGCCUAUACCAGCAUCGGCCUUCUCCGCCAGCAGACGAAGCCAACGCAUCGGAUUCAUGGCAUUUUCCAAGGGAAGGAUUGGGCACCGAAUAUACGUGCUCCGCGAGUCCAGCAAGCGUUCAUCCUGAUCUACGUCGGCCAAAAGUUGGCUAUGUACGCGCACCAACGACAAAGGAAGCUCUCGAGACUGCAGAGCGAGUCAAAGCUUGCUUUCAGUAUGUACAAAUUACUCCUCGCUAAUCGAUUGUCGUCCAUAACACCAAGUUUCCAGAGCCGCAGCCGUGGCUACCGGAUGCAAAGUGACAAUUGCCAAAGGAUCUGUUGGCAACGAGCUGGUCCAAAAUUCGGUGCUCGGCAUGUUGCAUUAUCCCAUAAGCUGUGCAACGGGCUCAAUGCGAGCAUUAUUCUAGGCGCGGAACUCACAGAUGUCAUUUGCAAAAACUACGGGACGGUCGAUUAUGAGUGGGGUAUUUCGAGCGCAUCAACAGAUUUUGUCAGUGAUUCUCACCUCUGCCGACCUGCCCUAACUGAUGCCAUGCUCGUAAUGCCUGGACUUCACCCGGGGUUCUCUAUACCAACCGUGCCAAAUGGAGGGAAUCAUACACCCGCAUUCACGGAAGCUGCGGGGACGAUCGAAGCUCACGAGGCAUGUCUUGACGUAUCCAAGGCACUGGCCGCCGUUGGUAUGCGCGUGUUAACAGACGAUACGUUCCUGUCGAAUGCAAGUCUGACGUGCUCAUGA